CGCCGCCUAUGUGUCACCAUUGUAAACAAUAAUGUUUGGGAGUCAUACAUUUGCUUAAAUUCAAUUAAAGUCUUCGUAUCUGUUGAAUAGUUAAGUAAAACAAUAAUUUAUCUACCAAAUAAGAUAAAUAAGUCAACUGUAACAGUGCCUGUUUAUGUAUAUUUUUAACGCAAAGUUAUCGCCUAACCGGAAACGAGGUCAGAAUUGACAUGGUCGCCAUCUUGAUCAGUGAUAGGGUCAAAGGAUAAAUUGAAUAAAUUAUCCUCGUUUCGGUAUUUUGUGAAGAAAUUACGUCAUUGAUUUGUGUGUAGACAUGGAUGCUGGAUCAGCACACAUUGAACCAACAUCACAGCCUAGAUUGUGUCUGUGUGGAGAAGUGGACGGCCACGAGUGGGCACCAAAUAGCCAGUGUUGUCCCCCAUCACCUUCAGCAAGUUCAGGCUCAGGGCAGACAACAGUUAACAGUUCCCGUCUUAUGACAGAUGAGAUUUCGGCAAACAGCGAUGACUCGCUUUUAGAUGAUUUAAGCAGCAGUGCCCCAACAGCAGACUCCAUUGAUUCCUGGGGAAAAGACAGGCUACCCCCAUCCCUGCUGGAUGAAUAUCCUUCUUCAUCUGAGUCAGAGUGUUCCUGUGCCCCCCUAAUCCGCAGACUUCGUCAGCAAAUCAUUGCAUUGACCAAAGAGAACCAGGAAUUACGCAAGGAAGUCCAGGAACUUCUAGAAUACAAAGUGCCAGGUUACCAGUCUUGGUUUAACAUUGUUUAUGAUGAGGACCCUGCUGUCUACACCUAUCAGUUGCUGAAGGACUACCAAGAGGCUUGCCUGAAAAUAACUGUCAAUUAAAGUAAUAUUACUUUCAUAAUAUUCCAGUACAAAGUGAGUUUACCUGAGAAUGAGAUUUUUUGGGUUGUGUUGCGGGAUUCAGACUUCUGGACACUAUCUAUAUGUGCAGUUAUGUGCUUUGAUACUUUGAUACUUGACUCUAUAUGUGAUUGAUAUUUGUAUUUUGUUGUCAUUUUAUGUCUGUUUUGUUAUUAUCAUUAAAAUAAUAUUCACUAGUCAAUUCUUAGGUACUUUAUUUUAAUAUAUAUGUGUAAAUAUAUAUGUAGAAGGACAAUCCUGUGAUUUUGGUAUCACGUAACACAGACGGUUGCUAUAUUCAAAAUGGGAUAACUUUCUUAUAUGAAAAGAUAUUUUGUUCAUUUAAAAAACAUUGUGCUUCUUUUGCAAAGACCUUUAAAAUGAUGUAUAACACUCCAUACUUUAUUAAAAAAAAAUUUUUUGCUUGACU